AUGAAGCCAGCCUUUAUCGCCACACUCUCUGCGAUUGUUUCUGCCUCGGCGCUGCGACCAGUUGAGCCUAGGCAAGACGCCACAGAUUCGUCGUCUUGUAUAAAGGCGUGUUAUCGCCUCGCUCGCAAUACUGACUACCGUACGCAUUUCCCCGGAAAUGGCAAUCUUGAAGUCUGGGAUGCCAAACAACAAGAGGUUCGGUCCGCUUGCCGGGUUCAGCCUACAUCUACCGACGAUGUGGCAGAUAUUCUGAGGGUGAUACUAGACACGUCUUGUAAUUUUGCUGUCAAGAGUGGCGGACAUGCGCGGUACCCCGAUGACUCUGUCUCCGUUGGAGGUGUCACGAUUGACCUGCAAAGAAUGAGGUCCACGGAGGUUUCGCCGGAUCGGAAGUCUGUCAGACUAGGUGCCGGCCAUGUUCUGUACAGCAUGUUCUCGGAUCUCGGGAGACAUAACCUGACUACAGUUGGAGGCAGAGCCGGCGAUGUUGGUAUUGGUGGAUUUGUUCUCGGAGGCGGGUUCUCACAUCUCUCGCCCCUAUACGGCCUGGCGAAGGAUAAUGUCUUUCAGUAUGAGAUUGUCCUCCCCAAUGCCACAGUGGCAAUUGUGAAUGAACAUGUCCACCCCAAUCUCUACUUUGCUCUUCGCGGGGGGAUGAACAAUUUCGGCAUAGUGACAUACUUUACCAUGAGAGCCGUCGAACAGGGGCAGCUGUACUCCGGGCAAAAGACUUACAAAGCAGACCAGAGGACCGCUAUCACAGACCAGGCCUACGAGCUGACGACCCGCUGGAAAAACGACACCGCGAUGUCCUUCUACUAUAGCUUCGGUUAUGAUCAGGAGGCCGACGUGUACGAUCUUUCUAUUACACAGACAUAUGCCCAACCGAUACUCGAUCCGCCCGCCUUCCGGGAGCUCAACCAAAUCCCGUCUGAAUCGAGCACUCUCCGGUUCGACUGGCUGACCGAGUUUAGUAAGGAGGUGGCUUCGGCAACGCCUCCUGGUGGUCGAAACCUGUUUGCAACCGUGACGUAUAGUCCGUCGGCGGAGCUGGACCGGGAAAUUCAGGAUAUUAUGGUCGAUGAAAUCCAGUCCAUCAAGGGAGCUCCAGGAUUCUUCCCGAACCUUGUUAUCCAGCCAUUAUAUGAAGGCGCCAUCCGCGCUGGAAAGCAGCGAGGUGGGAGUGCUGGUGGUACAGAAGCCGAUGGCCCACUUACAGCCGUCCUAUUGACCACAUUAUGGAAUGAUAUUGCCGAUGACCACGCGAUGACUACUUUUUUGAACAGAUGGGUUCAGAGAUCUGAGACUGCCACCAGAGAUGCCGGCAAAUACCACCCUUGGCGCUAUAUCAACUACGCAAGUAAGGAGCAAGAUCCAUUUGCGGGGUAUGGGGAAGAAAGUCUGCAGCGGCUCAGGAGAAUCCAGGCGAGCAUUGACCCUAAUGGUGUGUUCAGCUCAACCGGACUGUGCAGGGGGUACUUUAAACUGCGGUAG